CUGUUUGCUCAUCGCAGCUUCGUCUCAAUGCGUCCGGGACUGGCGGGUAUCGCGGCGGAGAUGCUGAGCGGUGUCACCGGCAGGGCCAGGCCGAGGCUCGGCAGCCUCCUGCUGGCCCCGGCGACCAAAACACUGCCGCCGCUGUCAACCUCCGCAGAGAGCCGCAGAUUUCGCUCCACGUCCUCGAUGCAGGGCUUCUCGGAGCUGGCCCGGGAGCGCUCCAAGACUGUCACGUCGUUUUACAAACAGUCCGCCAUCGACGUUUCCGCGGAGAAGGCCUCGGUGCGACUGACCUUAGCAACCCUGCUGUAUUCUGGGAAGUCUCCGGAUGGACACCACAUCCUGAGCAAGUGCCAAGUAUCUCACAAGGAGCUGCCUGUGCGGAUCGCCCAUCGCAUCAAGGGCUUCCGCAGUUUGCCCUUCAUCAUCGGCUGCAGCCCAACCAUCCUGCAAGUGCAUGAACUGUACAUCAGAGCCUACCACAUGCUCAGUGACUUUCCACAGAUCAAGGAUCAGGAAAUGGAGGCUCGUUUCUGUAAACUGGUGCAGCAGCUGCUGGACGACCACAAAGAUGUGGUGACCAUGCUGGCUCAGGGCUUCAGGGAAUCCCGCCGACACAUCCAGGAUGAGACGAUCAUCCGCAGCUUCUUGGAUACGACACUGUGCUCUCGUCUGGGAAUCCGGAUGCUGGCCACGCACCACCUCGCCCUCCACGAAGAAAACGGUGAUUUUGUCGGGAUCAUAUGCAGACGCCUCUCUCCCAAAAAGAUCAUAGAGAAGUGGGUGGACUUUGCCAGACGUCUGUGUGAGCACCAGUACGGUAAUUCUCCCAGGGUGAGGAUCAACGGGCACGUCGCAGCUCGCUUCCCCUUCAUCCCGCUGCCUCUGGAUUACAUCCUGCCGGAGCUCCUCAAGAACGCCAUGAGGGCCACCAUGGAAAGUCACCUGGACACCCCAUACAACGUGCCCGAUGUGGUCGUCACCAUUGCCAAUAAUGACAUUGAUUUUGUCAUCAGGAUUUCUGACCGUGGUGGCGGCAUCCCUCACAACAUAAUAGACAAGGUGAUGGACUACCACUUCAGCACGGCCGAGGAGAGCGCCCAGGACCCCCGCAUGAGCAACCUCUUCGACAACAUCACCAACAGUGGGAACCAGUCGAACCCGAUGCACGGGUUUGGUUUCGGCCUGCCCACGUCUCGGGCCUACGCCGAGUACCUGGGCGGCUCUCUGUCUGUUCAGUCCAUGCAGGGCAUCGGCACCGACGUCUACCUUCGUCUGCGCCACAUUGACGGCAAAGGAGAGAGCUUCAGAGUGUAAAACUGCUCGAUGAUUACCCCCCUAGAUCCCAACGUAGGAUUCAGACUUCCCGGGAGUGCUGAGGGUUUCCCACCACGGAGGCCGACGAGUACAACGUCGGCCUUCACAGUGCCGAGUAAGAAGGCUCCCAAAGCCACCAACCCACUACUCGUUUUGUUUUUGUUUUGCCUUAGACUGAUUAUAAGCUAUGUUAGCUCUCAAGUUGACGAUUUCAGUUGUUUCCCUUCGUGUUUCGUACCCUGUGGCAUGUCGUCUUGAAGUUUUUAGAGGCCGUAUGAACUUUUGAAUGUUUGGGUUAUCGGGACAAACUGUGCAUGAUGGUAGACAUUGAUGAUGAUGAGAAAGGAAGGAGCAGGAGGAGCUUCAGUUUUAAAGAAGUUCACCUUGAAGUUACCACUCGCAUAGCCUCAAAGUAGUCGUUUUAAAGAUUGUUUCAACCGAAACUUCUGAGACACUCCAGCUGCCCUGUCAGAAUUUCCUGUUCCACGACGAUCGGGUUUAAAUUUCCUCUUCUGAUCGGCCGUUUGGAAGCACUUUUAGCUUAGCGAGAAACCGUUAUUCCUACGAAACCUCCUCUGAAGGAAACUGCCAAAACACCAAAUGCUCGUUAAUGGAUUUUUCUUGGAGAACAUCUCUGCUCAGUGUUUUACGUGGAGCUUUCGGGCAGGAGGCCAACCGAGAUGUUCAGCUGCCUUACUGUGUGACACUUGCCCUUCUACUGCAUGCUGGCUUUUCUUUUUCUACUCUUCUUGUCUUCUUUCUCUUUAUUUCGUUGCCUUUUCUGCUUCCCACAGGUGCACAACAUGUCAGCCAGCAUUAUUAGUUUGAUGUCUUUUUGCACAAAAAAUAGAUUUUCAGGCGCCGAUCACAGCAGUUUUUUAUCACUUUAACCAUAACAAUAUACCAGAGAAGUAUUGUCUGAUGUUGUCUUUUCUGUUUUAUUUCACUUCUUUUUUUUUCUUUUUUUUUUUAAAGAAAAUGUGUCCGUUGUAUUUCAAGUUUGAGGUUGUUUUUUUUUUGGUUGUUUUUUUAAUGAGAUCACAUUCAGGAUGGGUCAACAGCGUUUCUGAGCUGUAAACUCAGAUCGACCAAGGUUUCAGGUCAAUUUUGUCCAGAUCACAACUUAAUUACGUCGUUAUCUUGAAAUGGCAAAUAGCUUUACAUCUUGUGCUUUGUUUUUUUUUGUUUUUUUUAAUUUAUUUGAUGCCCUUUUCCUGCAAAUUUAUAGUUUCGUAAAGAUAAAUCUGUGAAGGCAAAAGUCCUAAUACCCGCGUGUAACCAGUUUUAAAAAUUUUUAGCUGGUUUUAACUGUGUGGAAUUAAAAUUACAGCUAUCAACAGCAUCAUUUUGACGAGUCGUAAUUCACACCUUGACAAGUUUUUAUUUCAGAUAUCAUAAACAUCACUAUGACCAGUAAAAACAACAGUUAGAGAAAUAAAAAUGAAUUAAAAUAAGAAUUAGUUGUAAUUUAGCCGCAAAUGAAUGCAAUUCAUAGAUAUCUGAGAAGAGAAACCCCACAUAUAAUGUUAAAAGUGAUGUUAAAAUGACCAUUGUUGAUGCCUGAAAUGUUCUUUUUCACUAGAUGUAAAUGAAUACUACAUCUGGAACACAAAUCCAGUGUAGCUUCAGUAUUAAACUAUAAAAGGGCUCACCAUAUGUGUCCUAAAAAUGAGGAUAGAACUGGUUUGUACAUGUAAAAAUAGAUUAUUUAGGCAUUUUUAUCUGGGAAAAAAUGGCAUAAUCAAGCUGUGAUCUAAAUGUAUGUGCAAGAAAAUGGCUCCCAAACCUCCUUCGCUCUGAGUUUCCAGCAAAAAUACUUUAUAGAAGAAGAAAACCUAAAGACAAGUCAGGAGGUUCAUAUAUUGGUGUCUUCACUGUUAGCACUCCUCAACAUUCCCCAGCUGUCUAGCAACAGAUCAACCAUUAACUCGUUUUAUCUGGAGCAUGUUUUUGUGUUGCAUCUUCUUUUUUUUUUUUUUUUAUCUGAAGGGGCAUUAGGAGUCUGAGCUGUUACUAACGAGAACUUCACGAGUGGAAAGCAUGUUUAUUUUCUGUUUCUAGAGUCGAACAUUAUGUUUUCAUAGACUACCAGUUGGGACGAUUGGAUUGUUGUUUUAUGUAAAUGAAUCACGCAAGAUACUAAAAUCUCACAGAUUAAAGUUGCAGGUUUCAUUUUGUCCACUUGGUUUACAUACAGAUGAGAGUUCAGCUCGUGUUUUUUUUGUUGUUGUAAGACUUCACAACAUAGUCUGAUUCAGUUUGGCCCAUAUUUAUGUCUCAUGGUAUAAAUUAACAUGUUGUUCGUAGCUUCGAAGGUCUUGAAUUUUUAGAAUGUACAUAACUUUCUCUAGACUAAGCAUCACGUAGCAUGGUUUAAAGUUCCAGCCUUCUUCAUUUAUUUUAUUCCAAAAUGUUGAAGGUGGUUUGUACACUUCCAGUUCUAUGGUGUGUUUUAUGGAGCAUAAACUGUGCACUGUGCGCCCCCUGCUGGCCCAAACAAGUGAAGGCAGACUGGAAAAUAAUGUAUGUGAAAAUCUCACGUUAAGCAUUUUCAUUUGUUUUGUUCUUUUUUUUUUAAAGAACGAAAUAAUUCCCUUUUGUUCUUUUUUUUUUUUUUUUAAAGAAGAAAAUAUUUCCCUUUUCUAGAUUUCUGGUUUCUUUUUUUUUUUUUUUUUUGCAGCUCAUCAAGAAAAAGUGAUAAUUCAAAACAAACAGACGACCUCCAGCACAAACCAGAAUGUUGUUACUGACUAAAUGUGGAGUGUUUUUUCUCCUCGACUGAAAGUAGUUUCUCCCACGUGUUUUUAUGUUGUGUUCAGGACUCUGUAGAUAUUAAAAUCUCAUUUGGUUGGAA